GAAAUUUCCAAUAUUUGAAAAGUUGUCUUGUAGAUUCCGGAAACUGUCUUACAAAAGAAGACCUAAGAGAGUAAGAAGAAGAUUAAAAGAUUGUUACAGUGUGAGAAGACAUCCUCAUUUUAAGAGAGUGAAAAAGAUAAUGAUAAAGUCGGAAAGAGAGAAGAGAAAAUCCGAAUAUCUUUAAUAAUAGUACUCAAUUUCUAUCUAUCACGUUUAAUAAUAUGAUAAAUUUUUAGAGAAAUAGAAAACGACAAGAGCACGCAAUAAAAUGAAAUAAAAGUUUUCUCUUAUUUUAUUCUUUUACUAGAUAAGGAUAGUAAAUAGAAAGAGCUUAAGGUCUUUUUUUUCCAAGACAGGAGAAUCGCGAAAAGUACAAUCACCCUUUUUGCAGUUUACUACUCUAAAUAUAGGACACUGUUUGAUUUAUCCUUAAAAUAUUCACUUAAUUUACAGUAAUCACAAUUUCAGAAUUCCGCAAAAAAUUUUUCAAUGAAUAAAGGAUAAGACUUUGAAAAGCAAACUUCUUAACUCUUUAUUAUUUAUUUGGGAACCGGAGCGAAAAAAAUGCAUCAAACGAUCUUCAUUCAUGUCUGAGCAUCGUUUUAGCGAAAUUACGCACCUGAGACACCAACGGAUAGGCUUAAGCUUUCAUGCUGGAAAAUGUACUCGCUUUUUAUCUGUACAGUUCAUUUAUUAUGAAUUAUAUUUUAUAGAUCUCUCACAGCUAAGAAUGAAAAAUCUGUGGAAAAAGUUUACUUUCAUUUGUUAGAUUUAAAAGAGAUUGUUAAAUUAGAUAAGAAUCAUAGGAUUUUAACCAUUGUAAUUUAAAGCGAGUAACAGCUCCAUCUAACAAGUAGAGAGAGUCGCUAGCGUAGAAGUCCAUUCGACGCCCUGAUAAAUAACUCGCCAUGCACAAGCUGGAACUAGAUAAUAUUCCAAAAGUUAAUUAUAAAUGUUGGGAAUGUUUCUCCGGAAGCUCUGAAUUUGAUUCGAAUGAACAUGCAUUUCUGGGAGGUGAUCCGUCUACGCGAACAGGCCGGCAUACCCAGAAGAGACAAAUACGAAUACUACCUCAAGUCCCCGUAGUAUGUUGUGGAAUAUUUACGUUUGUCAUGUUAAGUUUGGCUGUAAAGGCACUAGUUACUUCAAAUCUCAUGAACAGAAGGGUAGAUAGAACAGAAAAGCUUGUGAAUGUAGUCUUUUUCCUGAGAAGGGAGCGUCAUCAGGUCUUGGAAUAUAUAACAACAGAUGGUACUGGAUUAACCAGGACUAUGGGUGAAGUUUAUUCGGAUACAGAUAAAAGCAUAAAUGAAAUAAGCUUUUAUGAGAGGCAAGAGACAUUAAAAAAGAAAUUAAAAGAUCAUAGAGAAUCCACGAAAUUGGAAAGAAGAUUCAUUCCAGAAGAGUUGGAAUUUUACACUAAGAUAUCGAAAGAUUUAUUAUCCUAUUCUAUUACUAAGUUGAUAAAUGAUGGAAAGACUAAAUCGUGGAAUACUAUAACAUCAUGGAUAUGGCUAUUUAGAACAGAAGAGUCUUUGGAUAUCUGCGAUUCAAUUGCCUACAUAAAAUUCAAGAAUAAACUCUUUACCAGGCAGUUAUUUUAUACGUUUAUUGAAAACGAUCUUUUGGCUAAGGAAGACUUGGACAUGGCUUUCAAUUACGAUGGUAAAUCAAGAGAGAUGUAUGAAAAUUUAUAUCUUAAAAAUUCACUGCUCAAACUUAAAGUGGAAGAUCUCCUCAAUCAAGUUAAGACGAUUGAUGAUAACAGCACAGACGAUUUGUCUCUGUACUGGGCAAAAUGGUUUGGCUAUUAUAAACAAAUCAUUACUGAUAUUAGAUUGGAAGCUCUUCGUAGAAAGAAAACAAACUUAAAUGAAAUAUAUAAAACAGCAGCAAUCGAAAGUAGCAUUCAUUUGAUUCUUCUCGCCAUAAUAGUUAUUUGUAUAGGUCCUCUUCUUAACAUAUCAUCAAAACGGACAGUUAUUUCAAUGCACAGUUUAACGGUAUCUAUAUCAAAGAAUCAGCGCGAAUUAAAAUCUCAGAAAAGGAAGACGGAAGUUCUCUUGAGGGAGAUGCUUCCACGAAGUGUUGCUUACAAAUUCUUGAAAGGAGAAGAAGUAGAACCACAAUUUUUCGACUGUGUCACCGUUUUAUUCUCCGACAUUGCUGAUUUUAAUCAAAUUACCAGUCGAAGUGCUCCUCUGCAAAUAGUUGAAUUUUUGAAUGUCAUAUAUAAUCUUAUAGAUGAUUGCGUCAGUAAAUUCGAUGUCUAUAAAGUUGAGACUAUUGGAGCUGUUUACAUGGUCGUCUCCGGUCUACCUAUGGCAAACGGCAACAAACACGCUGUAGAAAUAUCUAAAUUGGCGUUAGCCAUGUUAAGAAAGACGGGCGAUAUGGAUAUGGAAGUGAUUAAUGAUAAAAAACUUUUGUUACGAAUUGGCAUUCACACCGGUUCCUGCGUUGCUGGUAUUGUUGGUAAUAAGAUGCCUCGUUACUGUCUUUUUGGUGAUACAAUCAAUACUGCAUCAAGAAUGCAAACCAAUGGACUACCUAGAAAAAUACACAUGAGUAAAACAACAAAAGAGAAAUUAGACCUACAAAAUGACGAAUGGAUUACAGAAGAGAGAGGGACAAUAGAAAUAAAAGGUAAAGGUCAAAUGAAAACUUUCUGGCUGAUAGGUCGUCUGCGAAACCAAAAGCUUUCUCUUCCGGAAAGUGAAACUAGUGGCAUAGAAAAUACAAAUGAGUAAAAGAAGAAAGGGUUAAAGGUUAGAAGACGAAUGUUUCUUAAUUCAUCCGCACAAAGGAAAGCACAUAUAUAUAUACAGCAUAUAUACUGUGUAUCCAAUAAAUACUCUGUGUAGCACUCUAAAUUUGCUGCCUUUAAAUGUAAAAACUGCAAUAAAUACACCUAGCUAUAUAUUGUAUAUCUUUCAAGCUGUAUAUGCAAUAAAUAUAUAAAAAGAAAACUGUAAGAUAAUUAAUCUAGUUUUUAAGGUUUUUAUAUUCCAAACGUUUAGGUUUAAAAUACAUACAUUUAUUAAUGUUUUAUAAUGUUAAUUUAUGCAAUCUAUUUGUACUUUACACUGUUCAAUAUCAAUAUUAAGUCUUUUAUCAUUUAAUUUUCUUGUAUAAGUAACAGCAGGCACGCAUAACUCGGUCAAACCAACAUCAUCAUUAUCACAAUUUAAAAUCCAAACGGGUAAAGCUAUUCUCUCUAAAUGAGCAAAUUGGCGAUCAAUUACCGCAAAUUGUUGUUCUGAAAUUAAGAAGAGCUGUCCCUCUACUGAGCUUUUCUCAUCAAUUUCAAUGUCCAUGUAUCUCUUUUUAGGCCUAUUUGUUAGUCGAAAACCAAAUAGAAUUGACCAGCACUUUUCAGAUUGUAGCAUCACUUCUGACGUAUAAGAGAAAUAAUAGACAUAACCUUUUGGUGGAUAAACGUUCACUCGAAACUUAAUUGAAUCUUCUUCACAAUUGAACUUUCGAAAACUUCCUAUUGAAUUUACUGCCUCCGAUCUAACUUCCGCUUCAUACGAACUUAUUUCAUCAGGCUUGGUAGAGUAGUAUACAGUUGUCAUUACUAAAUUUGAAUCAUUCUUUUUAUCAAUCGUGUUUAAUUUUUUUAUCUCUUUAGCAUUGUUUAAUGUACUACUUUCAAUUUCAAUUUUCAUUUUAUCAACUGCCUCUUCCGUCCAAGCAUUUCGGUUGAUUUUAUUUAAAUUUAUAAGCGAUGAAUCAUUCUCAACAGUUAGCUUUUCCUCUUUAUAUUCAGUAUUCAGGUUAUUCUUAGCGUAUGAAAGUCUUUCUAUAUUUUUAAAAUGGUUUUCUUUAUUGUCAAUUGAGGUUGAUCUAAUUUUAUUUUUCUCCGUUGCAUAAAUUAAUCUCUCAUCAUUCUCACACCAACCAAAAUAUUUUGAGCAUUUUCUACACAAGAUGGCGCCGCAUUCCCUUGAGCAUUUAACGCAAGUGCCAGAACAUCUGGCGUGUAAAAAUUUGGAUGAAAUAUCCAAGAGUCCAUCGCAUUGAGGUUCUUCGUGAAGAACAUAAUUCCUGAAAGGUUUUGCGCUUUGAGGUCUCGAUAAAUUUAUAUUUUUCCUUCCGUGUUCUGUGGAAGAGGCGCUCUGCGGUCGAUCGUACUUUAACUUAGCAGUAGAGCACUUGACUUGAUUACCCGAAUUAGGUUCUUCAACCUUUUUAUCGGACUUUUCAUUUUCUUUUGCUUGGUUUCUACUAUUGUUAGAAAUAAAUCUACCGUUUUUCCCAACACCUUUGCACUCGUUGUUACCCUCGCUGUCAUCGCCAUCAUCGUUAGGCUUAUCCCUUUGUUCUUUAUCACUCGACUCUUCCUUACAAGUGCUUUUAGAUUUAGGCUUGACGUACACAUCCGAGCCAUCCUGAUGGAAAGUAACUCCUCUCUCGUCAUCAGAAGCUACGGAGGUUUGAUGAACUGAUUCACCAGUUUGAGGCCUAUCAGGUAAAUAAUUUCUGUUUAAUGUACUUAAGAUUUGUCUGCGUCUCUGUAAACUUCGACUAGGGCUUGCUGAGUAAGACCUAGUUUCCGCCACAAUUCCCCGACAAUUGUUCAUUGUUGGACCGGCUACAAAAACCGGAUUCAUUUCUUCUAGUCUCCCUCUUCUCAAUCGUCCACUUUUCUUCGCUUUCUCCUCUUUUUUCUCUUUUGCCAUGACUUUAGCAACGCGUCUCGUUGCCUGACUUGUUUUCUGUUUCAACGAUGUACCUGGCGAAAGUGGUCGGGCGUUGCGCGCUGUAGCUGAUGCUGAAGCAGCAUGUUUAAAAGGAAAUCUAACGUAGACAUUGUCAAAUUUUUCUGUUAUUGAUUCCAUUUGUUUAGCAUGAUGAUGAGGAAUUAAAGAAUUCCAAUCCGUAGUCGAUAUUGACGGCGAGAACAAACGCUGUUGUGGCGUAUUAACCGGAACUCGACAUGUUCCGUAGCUAGACUGCUUUAAAUUUGUUCUACAGUCUGUAGUAAUUGCCAAGAAUGUUCUUGACUGUGACAAUUGGAUAGUAACAAGUCAGUAAUAGUAUUAAGAGUACAUUAGAAAAUAAAACACAUUAAUACUCACGUCAGAGGAUGUCAUUAUUGUCUCCUUUUUAACUUUUCUGUUUGUAACCUCCUUUCCCGUUAUUGAAGAAUCUGAUUUACUUUGCCGUCGUUCCAUUUUAAAAGUGUCAAUUAAGUUUCCAUGGAGCGCGCCAUUUUAGACAACAAAACAACUGCCGUUGAAUAUUUCUAUAUUGAUAAAUGAAAAUGGCGGA